AUGAGCUGGCUCUGCCUCUCUGCAGCCCUUCUGGUCUUCCUGGUCAGUCUGGUGGACAGCACCCCAGGGCUUAGGAACAAUAUUCAGGACCAAGAUGAGAAGAUGAUUUUCAGAAGACAACAUGAGAAACACAUUGUACAGGAGUUCCUAACACUAAUACUCAAACAGGCGGAUAAAGAAGCUUCUAAGCCUGCUUUCUGCAUGGAGCCUCAAUUAAAGGGUGACUGCAAGGCCACGAUAACGAGAUACUUCUACAAUGCCGAAACCGGCCUCUGUGAGCAGUUUAGUCAGGAUAUGAAAAGCUCAGUCCGUCCCCAGCAUCCUCAGGAGCCCUCCUGCAAGGCCACGGAGAUGAACUGCCUCUGCCUCUCUGCAGCCCUUCUCUUCCUCCUGGUUAUCCUGGUAGAUGGCACUCCGGUGUAUGAACACCAUUCCAUGGACCAAGCAGAUUCUCAGCCUGCCUUCUGCCUGGAACCUAAGUUAGCUGGUUCCUGCAAGAACAAGACAGCCAGGUACUUCUACAGUGCCAAGACCGGGUGCUGCAAGCCAUUUGUUUAUAGUGGCUGUGAAGGGAACAAAAACAACUUCAACACGAUAGAGGACUGCUUAAAGUCCUGCUGUCCCGACUGCAUGAAGACCUGCUGCACACUGGAAGAGUCCCAGGGAUAA